UCUUUAAUUAUAUAAUUGUUAAUAUUUUAGGCGCUUCUGUAACUUUAUUUCAAGGUAAAUCUUCUCUAUUAUUAGAACGGAUAAAUAUUUUCAGUUGCUGUCUUCUAUUUAUUUUCUGUUUAUUACAUCUUAAAUAUUUCUUUAUUUUUUGAAUUUUUUUUACAUAUCAUACACUUGACAGUGUAUAUUGAACUUUCCUGCAUAUAUCCGUAAAUAUCUACAGUUUUAUUAUGCCGGUUCCGAGUGGUCUAUUAGAAAAAAAUUUUUCUGCGCAGAGUUACUAAAAUUAUUCAUAGAAAUAAUUAAAAACAUGUAAAUAAUAACGUAGGCAUGUAUCUCACUCGUCGAAAAUGAGAUAUUGUGACAUUAGAUACUUUGGAGAGUGGCACCUCAUAGAGGUCAAAUGGUCAAUUAUUGAAGGUUGUGACCAUGCAUGAAAACUUCAUCAGGAUGACAAGAUGUACAACAUCAAGUUUUUAAUCAAUUCCACCGAAAUUCAAUUUCCAUAAUGAUUGUACUGGGUCCUUUAUAUAUAGGGUGUACCAGUAGAAUCCGGACAAAUCCAUUCUCUCCCUUCUACUUCGAUGACUGCUUCAAUUUUGGGCCGGAAGCGCGCGCAUGCCUUUGUCAAAAAUUCCUUCACCAUACUUGCAAACGAUGCCUCAAUAGCGAUUUUCAGCGAUACAACGUUAGAAUGUCGAGUCUUGUUGGAGUGUCCUUCAAACACGCUGCAAACGAAAUAAUCCAGCGAAUAAAGUCCAGGCUGGGAAAAAAGCACCACCUGACUUGGUUUCCUUGACAGAAAGAAAUGAUGGAUUUGCUCAUGUUAGGCAUCAAAGUCUAAACAUAGAUAGAGUGAUGCAACUGGAGCAAAAUAUGAAGUUUUUACAGGAACAACAUCAGACAACAUUAGUUGCCUUACAUCAGGAAAUAGAAUGCUUGCGUCAAAGAAAUAGAGAUCUGCAAUUUCAAUUAGUAUUUUCCAAAAGAGCUCAUUAUGGUGCGGCUAGUAGUCCUUCUUCGCCCGAAGAAAAUGGAAAUGGGUUUGCGAAAUCAAAGGGUAGCCCAAUAUGUGUUAAUGUAACACCUCUGCAAGUAGAGCUUCUGGAGAAAGACUUACAAGACAUUAAGGUGUCAUUACAAGAGGCAAAAACACAUAAUCAGUACUUGUCAAACAUUAUAGAGCAACAAAAAAAAAAGUUGGAUACAACGGAAGAUCAGAAGAAUAAAAUUGAAGUGGCAGAUGUGGGAGUUCAAGUCGGAGAUCCCGUACAAGCGAGCUUGGUUGUACUUUUGGAGGAAUCAUAUGCAAUGGUGAAACGAUUACACAAGGAGAAUAUGGAUCAAAAGAAGGAAAUAGCCUCAUUAAGAGCGGUUUCUUCGGCGAAUAACGCUGGUACCAGCAGAGGGGGACGCUCCCGUGAUGGUAAUAAUGCCCACUACAAUCGUGGUUCACCCACAACGCAAGAACAGAAUUCUCGUAAAUUUCCACCGUUACCAAUACCUAGUUAUUGGCAUCGUCGAUCACCGAGAUACAGCACGAAUCGACAUGAGAAGCAAGAUCAUCAAGCGGAUUCGGAGUCGACUGUUUUACCACAACUUCAGAACGGCAGUGUGAAGUCAGCGGAAGCGGUCAGUUUUGAAUCACCGUCUUAUCGAUCGCGCGAAUAUCGCAAUUACGGCCGCGAUGGCAGUAAUCGCAAGUAUAGAGGUCAAGCGUCACGAAGAGACAACAAUCAUUAUUAUCAUUCUCGCGAUUUCAAAGAUAGAAAUUCCAAGGAUCGUUCAAGAGACAUGAAUGACACUGGUGAAGGAUCGAAAGAUGGGGAUAAUCCUCGGAGACAGUAGAUCAUGAAAUAUAAAUCGCGAUACGUAAAAAUAUGAUCUGAUGAACUUUAUUCCUUUGGAGCGCAUAAGAAUUUCGAUACUAAUAUUAUAGCGGGAUUCUGUAAUUCUUGAUGAUAUAUCAUUACAGUAUUGUUGUGUAGCUUUUUUAUCAUAUACAAUAUCUGCGUAACAACAAUAUAAUUAUAUUGAUACUGUCGUUAAGAGUUACAGAAUCCCGGUGCAGCUAUAAGACUUAUAUCGAUAAGGAGUGAUCAAUGUUUUCUUCACUGGUGCUGAUCAAUCACGACAGUCUCGUGCAUAUAUAUAGCAUGCAAUAGGAUAGCGACGAUGAAUGAACUAUACGAUUUUCGAUGGAACAGUAUAGUCUGUAUGCUAAUUUUAUUUAUAGGCUGCCAUAAGAGAAUAUAGGAAUUUGCGCUUUGUAGAUUGAUGAUGAUAAGCAGAGCGGAAAGACUUUUUGCUAGACGAGAAGACUUUUUCUUCCUGUAAAAAGAGUGAGAAGAGACACAACCAAGAGCUAACUAUAAGUGUUAGCUUUUUGGCUGAUGCUCAUACUUCACAGACUUGAGCUUAAUAUGCGUGCAAUAAUCCAAUGUGCUAUCGAUGCAUGUGUGUGUACGUGUAUUAAACUUUUAAUCGAUAAUGAAGCAUUAAAGAGUCGCUUCUCUAAGAGUCAAAUCUAGUCAUUUUCAUGUAUUCUAUUGAAACGAUAAAUCGUUGAACGAUUUAACAUUAUAUACAUAUAAAUAUAUAAAUAUACAAAUAUAUAUACAUAUACAUAUGUAUAUGUACUUAAUUUUUUAUUGGUUUAUUUAUGUAUCUACAUUUAAUCUACGUUAGUGUAUUUUGUUAUGUAUAUACAAUGCUUUAUGCUUCAUCAAAUUCAAAACAUUUAAUUUUAUUUCAAUCUUGGAGUAAAAUCACAAUAUGAUUUUUGUAUUAUAAAAAUAGUUUAUUACAUUUAGUUAAUUAUCUUUUUUUUUUUCUAUUGGCUGUAAAAUAUUUAAAAAUUAUGGACUUGUCUGAUAUUAUUAGCUUGAUGUUAGCUAAGAAUUUUUGUGAUUUCUAUUUGUAACCGAAUUUUGAUUUUUAAAAAUAUGCAGAAUAUAAUAAUAUUGAAUUUAUUUUAAGACGAUUCGCAGGUAUUCUGCGAAUUAACGUGGAAAAAAUUUCUCACAUUAAUCGGAUUAUAAUACAGGAAUAUACUUUAUAAUUACAUAAAAUCUUGUACGCUUAUGAAUGGAUGAAUUAUUAAAAUAAUAAUAUAUCAUAACAAUUA